AUGAAGAAGUUUCGGAAGGUGCUUGACGGCUUGACCACCUCCUCUCCGGGUGGGACUAUCGGGUCCCCAUCGAGCGGCAGCGCGGCGGGGACUCCCACCUCGGCGCCGACACCUAAGGAGAUCGACGUGCAGGAGACGCUAGUGUCGGAAAACUUUCAGCUGUGCAAGACGGUGCGGCAUGGUUUCCCUUACCAGCCCACAGCCUUGGCCUUUGACCCCGUGCAGAAGAUCCUGGCCAUCGGAACAAGAACUGGAGGCGUACGGAUACUGGGACGACCUGGGGUGGACUGCUACUGUCAGCACGAGACCGGAGCAGCUGUUCUUCAACUGGUGUUCCUCAUCAAUGAGGGAGCGUUGGUCACAGCCUGUGCAGAUGACACGCUACACUUGUGGAAUCUGCGUCAGAGGCGGCCGGCUAUCCUGCAUUCACUCAAGUUCAACCGAGAGAGGGUCACGUUUUGCCACCUUCCCUUUCAGAGCAAAUGGCUGUACGUGGGGACGGAGCGCGGCAACACACACAUGGUCAACAUCGAGUCCUUCGUUUUGUCCGGAUACGUCAUCAUGUGGAACAAGGCCAUAGAACUAGCAACUAAAACUCAUCCAGGACCCGUGGUUCAUUUGAGCGACAGCCCAAAGGAUGAAGGCAAGCUGCUUAUAGGGUUUGAGAGCGGGACGGUCGUACAAUGGGACCUCCGGUGCAAGAAGGCUGACUUCAGAAUCUACUACGAUGAGGCCAUCCACUCCGUGAGCUGGCAUCAUGAAGGGAAGCAGUUCAUGUGCAGUCACUCAGACGGCAGCCUGACCAUGUGGAACCUCAGAAACACCACCAAGCCAUUCCAGGUCACCUUCCCUCACGGUAAAAUACAGAGGGAUGGGAGGAAGGAGUCUUGCAAGCCCAUCCUCAAAGUGGAAUACAAAACCUCAAAGAGCAGCGAGCCUUUUAUUGUCUUCUCCGGGGGACUUUCGUAUGACAAGGCAGGACGGCGACCGACGUUAACCAUCAUGCACGGCAAAGCCAUCACCGUGCUGGAGAUGGACUAUCCGAUUGUAGAGUUCAUGGUGCUCUGCGACACUCCGUACAACAACGAGGUGCAGGAGCCUUCUGCAGUGGUGGUGCUUCUGGAGAAGGACCUGAUUGUUGUGGAUCUGACACAGAGCAACUUCCCAGUCUUUGAGAACCCUUACCCCAUGGACGUCCAUGAGUCUCCAGUUACCUGCACAGCUUAUUUUGCAGACUGUCCACCCGACAUCAUCCCCAUCCUCUACUCUAUAGGAGCUAAACACAAGAAGACUGGCUACAGUCAAAAGGAAUGGCCCAUCAGUGGAGGGCUGUGGACGUUGGGCUCCAACACCUACCCAGAAAUCAUCCUCACAGGGCAUGCCGACGGAUCUAUUAAGUUUUGGGAUGCAUCUGCAAUCACGUUGCAGAUGUUGUACAAGUUGAAAACCUCCAAAGUGUUUGAGAAGCCAAAGCCUGGUGAGGGCCGGGCCGCCGACCUGGUGGAGGAAGACCCUUUCGCGGUUCAGAUGGUCAGCUGGUGCCCUCAGAGUCGCAUCUUCUGUGUGGUUGGCAUCUCAGCUCACAUCAUCCUCUAUCGAUUCAGCAAAUACGAGGCCAACACUCAGAUAGUGUGUCUAGACAUACGCCUGCAGUGCGAGUCUGAUGAUGUCAUCACUCCCUCUGAGAAUGAAAACAAUCCCUGCUUCCCAGAGCCCGGCUCCCACUCUCCCCAGGCCCCACACCCAGCUAGCCCCAGCAGUGGAACACCAGAGGGAGUGAAAGACAGCAUCCCCUGCCUCAAAGUGAAAGACCGGGUGGUUCGGGUCCCCCCUGGUUACCAGGCAGAGCUGGUCAUCCAGCUGCUGUGGGUGGAUGGAGAACCUCCACAGCAGAUCAGCACCCUGGACAUCAACUCUGCCUAUGGCCUUUUGGCGUUCGGGAACUGCAACGGCCUUGCGAUAGUGGACUACUUGCAGAAAACCAUCCUGUUGUGUAUGUCCACACUGGAUCUGUACGGAGCCUCCGACCCCUACCAGCGCCUUACCCGCUCCCCCCGCAGGAACAGACAGUCCACCUCAGACUUUAGCAUGCGUGGCCUGUCUAACUUUUAUUCAGAUUCAAAGAAAAGGAUCCGUACAUCCUAUCAGAGCCUUACUGAACUCUCUGACAACCAGCAAUCCAUUGACAUGGAGAGAAGCAAGUCGCCCACUUCAGAUCAUGUAAAUGGACAUUGCACUAGCCCCACCUCCCAGCCCUGCUCGGCGGGGAAGCCUCGCGUCCCAAUGGGUCCCGAGGGGCCACGGCUUACCCGCAGAGGCCCUGGCCGACCGCCCUUCCGCAAGGCCCAGUCUGCUGCUUGCAUGGAGAUCUCUUUGCCUGUGUCCCACACUGAAGGUAGUCGUGAAAACUCCUUCAGCCGCUCGCGCAGCUCCAGCGUGUCCAGCAUCGACCGGGACACCAAGGAGGCAAUCACCACGCUGCAGUUCGGAGAGUCCUACGGGCGCAAGAGUGAUGCCCUGCCGACCCCGUGUCUGUGGGUGGGCACCAGCCUGGGCGUGGUCGUGCUCAUCCCGAUGUCCCUUCCCACUGACCAGGAGGAGAGGAUGGAGGAGGCGGUCACCAUCGGCCCCUGUGGAACGGUCCUGAUGCUGAAGGGCUCAGUGCUGCGCUUUGGCUUCUUGGACUGCAUGGGGGCGGUCAUCCAGAGCCCUUACGAGGCCUGGCGGGACCCCAACGCCCCCGAGGACCCCGACCGACCGCGGAGGCGCAAGCUGGUCAACUUUUCCCCGUCGUCGUCCCAGGACGCCUGCGGGGACGGACAUCUGGCCGUGGUGUGCUCCGAGAGGCAGGCCAAAGUGUUCCUGAUGCCCUCACAGUCCUGCCUCUUCGUCCACAACAUCACAGAGUCGUCGUUUGUGCUGCGCGCCGACGUGGUGUCGGCGUGUAACAGCGUGUGCCUCGCCUGCUUCUGUGCCAACGGUCACGUCAUGACACUCAGUCUCCCCAGUCUAAGACCGCUGAUGGAUGUCAACUACCUGCCUCUGACAGACAUGCGCAUCGCAAGAACCUUUUGCUUCACCAACGGGGGGCAGGCUCUCUAUCUCAGCUCCCCGACAGAGAUCCAGAGAAUUACUUACAGCCAGGAGAUAUGUGACAACCUGCAGGAAAUGCUCGGAGAGCUGUUUACACCAAUAGAAACGCCGGAGGCCCAGAACAGAGGCUUCCUGAAGGGCUUCUUUGGAGGAAACGCCAACACCUUCGACAGAGAGGAGCUCUUCGGUGAGGCAGCAUCUGGGAAGGCGUCCCGCAGUCUGGCGCAGCACAUCCCUGGCCAGGGGGGGAUGGAGGGCAUGAAGGCGGCAGCGGGGGGAGUCGUGGGGGAUCUGGCUCGGGCCCGUAUCGCUCUGGAUGAAAGAGGACAGAGACUGGGGGAGCUGGAGGACCGAACCGCUCUCAUGAUGUCCAGUGCAGAGGGCUUCUCCAAACACGCUCAUGAGCUGAUGCUUAAGUGCAAGGACAAGAAGUGGUACCAGUUCUAACAGCAGCAGGACAGAGGGCGGAGCUGCCCUGAGACUGCUGAGAGCUUUAUGCCGGGACAGGGACUUUCCCUCUGCAGAUGGGAGCAAUCAAAAAGAGAGACUCAAGAGUGACUUUGUCUUUACGGCUUGUGGACUGGCUAUGUUGGCGGCACUGUCACCUUGUUGAAUGACCGGGACGGGCUAGUUCCUGAGUUCCUUGUCUAGACACGCUGUGAUGGGGAUAGAAAGACGGUGGCGACAUUUAACGGAAUGAAGAAAGUGGGAAUAUCCGGCAAAGCGUGUGUGUGUGUGUGUGUGUGUGUGUGUGUGUGUGUGUGUGUGUGUGU